AUGGAUAUGCUUCGGGCUAUGCAACAAGAUAUGCAAAAGCGGAAUCAACUAGAUGAAGUCCGGAUGCAAAAGGAUGAAGUUCGUGAUAAGAGCAUUCAAUCACUAACAACCCAAAUGGGUCAAUUGGCAACCGAUGUGUCGGAAUUGAAGAAAAGAAAGGGUCAACUUCCUAGUGAUACUAAGGCCAAGUCACCGGGUGUGGUCGAGGGGGUCGUUGAGGAUAUCACGGGUAAUGAAAGUGAUGACGAAGUUUCACCGGUUAAACCUAAAGAAUCAAAUGUUAACAAACCGGGGUUGGGUGAAAACGAGAAAAGUGAAAAAGUUGAGGGUGAACGAAGCCAAGUCCCGUUUCCAUCGGCCUUGCUUGACCCGGGUAGAAAGAAUUUUAUUGCAUCAAGAGGUCCCCAAAAAGAAGAAUUAUGGGACAUGUUUAAACAAGUCAAAAUAAAUCUUCCAUUACUUGAUGCAAUGAAACAAGUACCCGCUUAUGCCAAAUUCCUUAAGGAAUUAUGUACGCCAAAAAGGCAACAAAAGAAGAAAAUGCCUAAGCGGGUAGACUUGACCGGGCAAGCGUUACUCGAUCUUGGAGCCGGGGUAAGCAUUUUACCGGGGGGCUUAUAUGACCAAUACGAUUUUGGUCCAUUAGCAAGAGUGGAGACAACAGUUGUUUUGGCUGAUUUGUCUCAUAAGCUACCCCGAGGGAUGGUUCAAAACGUGAUUGUGAAGAUUGAUGAGUUCUAUUACCCGGUUGACUUUCUAGUCUUGGACUACUCGUCCGCGGACCCAAAACAACAACAAAACGUAAUUUUGGGUCGGCCAUUCUUGAGCACCGCGCAUGCUGUGAUCGAUUGUAGAUUUGGUACAGUCGAUAUCACUUUCGGGAAUCGAAAAAUGCGCUUAAAUGUUUUUACUAACAAUGCUAAUGAUGUUGGUGUUGAUGAGUGUUUCAUGGUACAUGCUUAUGCACUACGGGUUGAAGAGGAAAAACAGGAUGCCAUGGCUUUGAGGGAAGGUCGACCACCAUGGACUCAUCAAUUCGAAGGCUUACCAGCGGAAAUAGACUCGGGUACUAAACCAUCGCUGGAGGAACCGCCAAAGUUGGAACUUAAAGACUUGUCGAGCCACUUGAAGUAUGCUUUCUUAGGGGAUAAUGACACUUUACCGGUCAUUAUUGCCUCUAAUUUAGAGUUGGUGCAAGAGCAAGCAUUGUUGAAAGAACACUUGGUCAAAGCUCCUAUUUUGCAACCUCCGGAUUGGUCAAAACCAUUUGAGAUCAUGUGUGAUGCAAGCGACACUACUAUUGGUUCAAUUUUGGGUCAACGGGUUGACAAGAAGCCGGUGUGCAGUCCGAUAUUUGAUGGAGAAAAAGGACACAAAGCCUCGUUUGAUUCAAUGGGUUUUAUUGCUAUAAGAAUUCAAUUUAGAGAUCCGAGACAAAAAGAGAAGUGA